AUGCCACAUUCUCUGGACAGUUCUAUCACCUACGAACAACUUGAUUCACUCAGAUUCGAAUACAUACAAGCAGAGCUCGCCAAUUGGGAAAAUAUCGUGUUUCAAGGUGACAUGGAUGACUCGCGUAAACAGAGGGAAGCAUCUUCCAACACUGGCGAUCAUACAUCAAAUCCAGGCAACAAUUCCGCCGAUAAUACAGGGACAGGACAACACUUUCGCGGUGCUGCACCGCCUCAUGUUCCACCUGAGGCAUACAACUACCUUAUACAUGCAUUACUUUCAAUGCAAGGAGCUGUACCACCCCAAACAGCACAUAACCAAUCGUUACCAUACCCUCAAGGACAAUUCCCGGCAGGUCCUUCCACAUCCUCAAUUUUUCCCGAUGUAUCCUACCAAGCCAUGCAACCCAAUCUACCCCUUGCGAUGUCGUCUACAGGAUCUCUUUCACAUUUUCCCCCCGCUAUGAUGACCCCACAUUCAGGCUUCCACAGUACAAUUAAUGAGCCUUCAGCGGUUGCAUCAUCGGCUUCUCCAGAUGCAAGUGAUAACGCAGACGAAGCUUCUGCCAUUGCUGAAGACAAGCGCAGACGAAAUACUUCAGCUUCAGCCAGAUUUCGGAUCAAAAAGAAGCAGAAGACGCUCAACCUUGAGCGAAGUGUUACCGACCUGACUGGCAGGACGGAGGAAUUAGAACGAGAGGCAUCGGAGCUGCGACGAGAGAAUAGCUGGUUGAAGGAAAUUGUGCUAUUAAAAAGCAGAAGGAGGGGCGUAUCUGGUGGCUCACAAUCUAGGAAUUUACAACAAGCAAGUACUUCGUCCGCACAGGGGGGCGGUCAUGACGGUGAUCCUAGCAGCGACGAGGAAGAAGGUCACGAGACACGCGAAGGGAAAUAA